AUGGCACUCGCAAACGCACCUCCGCCGCCGGUGUCCCUCCUUCUCUUCAACGGACUGAUUAUCCUCGCCUUCCUCUCUAUUCCCUUCAUCGCCCUACGCAUAAUCUUCCUACUACCUCCUCUGCGGCCCCCGCCACGGCCCCGCCGCCGCCCCGGUUCCACAGGCACCAGCACAGCAACCGAAUCUCUCCUCGCGGCCGGAGAGCGGGAUGGUGAUGAUGAUGCAGAUGAAGAUGGCGACACGGACCAAUUGCAACGACAAGACCCCACGCGUCUCCUCGUCGUGCUCGGCAGCGGCGGCCACACGGCAGAGAUGAUGGCCAUGCUUCGAAAGCUGGAUGCGCGGACUUUCCUGCGCAGCUGGUCGCACCGCACGUACGUUGUGUCUGAGGGCGACGGAUUCAGCGCGGAGCGGGCGCGCGAAUUCGAGGAGCAGCUGCUUGAGGAGGUUGCUACGGCAAAGAGGAGAAAGAACGAGAAAGGGGAGGGAAAGACGAAUGACAGCAAUGCAGCGAUGGAGAAGAACAACGGCCAGCACAGCACCGAGGACGAACAGGAGCAAGGCCUGAACGGCGACGCGAACCCAGAGCAAAAGACAAUCCACUCCUCCUCCUCCUCCUCCUCCUCCAACACACCACCCGACCCCGGCACCUACACCCUCCACAUCGUCCCCCGCGCGCGCGCCAUCCACCAAUCCCUCCUCACAACACCACUCUCCGCGCUGCGCUGCCUCCUCGCCUGCGUCUCCAUCCUGCAAACCCCCGCCCCGCCCGACCUGAUCCUCACCAACGGCCCCGGCACGGCCGUCGUCGUCAUCCUCACCGCGCUGCUACUCCGCUUCGCCGACGUCGGCGACGGCAGGGGCACCAGCCGCGUGCGCACCGUCUACGUCGAGAGCUGGGCCCGCGUCACGCGCCUCAGCCUCAGCGGCCGCCUGCUGCUGCGCGUCGUCGACCGCUUCGUCGUGCAGUGGGAGGGCCUGGUCGAGCGCACGGGUGGGAAGGCCGAGUUUUUGGGGGUUUUGGUCUGA